UUUUUUUAAAAAAAAAAAAUUGUUUAAUUACCGCGGAUCCCCUCUAGCUAUAGAAUAUAUUCUACCUUAACCUUUUUUUUUUACUUUUUUAAUCUUUUUCGCUCCUACUCUAUUGUUUGACAAUCGUUCUUUAGUGAGAUGGUGAUCAGCCUCACUAAUAGAAUACUUACCCGACUACAUCGGACGAGAGCUAUCCGACAAUCAUGGAAACGUUUGAUUGCCGCCACAAACGACUUGAACGCAGGCAACUCGCUUACAGGAAUUCAGUCGAGAGAGAGUAACGAAUACAUCACAGCACUUCAACAUGAAAGUGAACUUACAUACGCCUUGGAGACUAUCCUCUCUUUAUCACAAGAAGAGAAGGAAUAUAAAGCUCUCAUUGCUGUGAUAUUGUCAACCUUGGAUACUCGCAAUCCACUAUCCAUGGCCUUUUUGAAUCAUAUAAUUGAUCGAGCGGCGUUACCGUCUAAAGCGACGAUCUCCAGUGCUUCGGAGAUGAUACUGCAGAAAUUGCAAAAAUCCAAAAAGACACCCACUGAGUCGCUAACCAAGGAGAACGCUUGUAUAUUAUGGUGCAUUUUGGCUGAACGAUUUGCUGGAGAUCUGUGCUUUUCUCUAUGGAAUAAUGAGAUAGGAGACGAGUUGUUAGCUAUGUUAUCCAGCCCAGCGGAAAACUCGACCGUCCGGCUUUACGCUCUACUUGCCCUUGAAAAGUUCGCCUUAACCGGUACUAUCAAGACUCUUAUUUUAUCUCGUCCCGUCGACAUUGCCGAUGUGUUGCGAUCCGUCAUAAAUGAAUGUCAACAGAAAUAUUAUUUGACAGCGCCGUCCCUGUUAAAUUUAGAAGACGAACAGCACAAGCACGCCAACACCGAGUUGAUGCCUUUACACUAUUUCAACAAAUUUGUCAGGUCUCAUGGGGUAGCCAACGAACCUUUCUCCACAUCACCACUGAGCGAAACUGUAUCGCAGCAAGCAGGAUCUUUGCAAGGAAUCAAUGAAGUAGUCUCUCGGUUCCAAAAAUGGUCAUGGAUUACUUCAUCCAAUCUCUCACUACCGAGUAUAGAUCUCGAUGGUCAAUCAGAAAAAUUAAAACAGAAGGCUGGUGCUAAGAAUGACGCUGCUUUGUCCGUAUGGACAGGUUACCGUCAGUUGGAGCAUUGUUCUUGGUGGUCCCUCUCAUACACAUUUGAUGCUACGGAGGCAACCAAUGCGUGGGAUCUGGACGACCUUAACAUUACCAUGAACCCUCUGGACGCUACAUCUAGAUGGAAAAUGGGAUCAUGUGGAUUAGAGCUCCGAAACGACCAUCCGAACUUUGAGUCUGUGCGUGCGACAGCGAACGUUAAAGUCGGAAAAUGGUACUAUGAGGUUUUGGCUCUAACAGACGGAAUUAUGCAAAUUGGAUGGGCUACAGAGCGAUGUCACUUUGUCCCUGAGGAAGGUUUAGGUGUCGGUGAUGAUAACAAUGGCUUUGGAUUUGAUUGCUGCCGAAAUACGAUUUGGGCAAACGGUACCGCGGUCUAUCCACCAACGACAAGCAUACCACAAUGCAAACCAGGAGAUGUCAUUGGCACUUACCUAGAUCUGGACAAUGGACUUUGUACUUUCUUUAUUAAUGGAAAAGACUAUGGCCUUACGGUUGAGUUUGACCAACCCCGGAAGCAGGCCUUUGAAACCAACAAGGCUCGCAGACAGAAAUACGGAAAGAACGGCCAGCCUAUCAAAGAUGUUGAAGGUCUCGGUUUGUACCCUGCCAUCAGUCUUACGAGCCAUCAGCAUGUUAUCGUCAAUUUUGGCCAGAGUCCUUGGAUGUAUCCUCCUUCGCUACCAGAGAGCGGGUUCCAACCCAUGAAUGCUUGCGAGACGAUGUCAGAAGAAUUGAAACGUAACAUUUUGAAGCUUACACGGCUACGGGGGCGAAAGUGUGCUAGAGUACCCCUUUCCUCCCUUGGACGAAAGGCGGCCGAAAUUUCAGGACGAGCCGCUUGGCUGGAUAGUGAUAGUGACACCGAAACAACGAGUUCAACAGAGGAUAAAGAACAAAUAUUCUGUACCAUCUGUUAUUCCGAGCCUCACUGUAUUCAACUGCAGCCGUGCGGUCACGAUGGAUUUUGCAUAACUUGUGCAAAGAUUCUCGGCACUUGUCCUCUAUGUCGCUCAACUAUCACCAAACGUAAAAUUGUCGAACCACCUCAGCUUAGCUCAUCCAAUGCUAGCUCAUCCACGCUUUCUGUCAGCAGUGCUUCCUCUUCUGGCACAAACGAACCCGUAAUGCCUAUUUUUUCACUUCCUAAAGCUACCCUGUCAUCUCUACACCUUACAUUGAACACAAUUGAAGAAAUGCAUGAAAGAUUCGGAUAAUUUAAAACCUUUCCAUGUACAUUUAUGAAUAAAUAAUAUCUGACCAUUUAAUCA